AUGAGGCGGCAGAGUCGAAAACACGUGGAAACGAGAGCCGCUGCAACAGUUGAUAAUCGCGAUUGCCAGACCCUGGAUUUUCGGACCAUUUGGUCAAAAGACAGUACUGUCGAUGUUGAAGGGUUCGUACUUAACAAGAGGAACGACGCCAGGUCAGAGCAAUGGAUUCCUUACGUGAGUGAGGAUAGGGUCUCGAGCUCGUGGUCGUCGGAUAACGCUUUUGAAGGGUAUUCCGAAGGAGAAGACCAAAAGUCCGACAUUGACCGGGUGCUGAAAGUCCUCCAGCCGUUGAGUCUCAAUGCUCAGUAUCGACUCCAUCGACUCGGAGGGUUCGAUUUGGCUCUGGCAGUGCCGAGCUUUGUCUACCAAGUUUGUCAAGCUGAAGACAAGUUACAGUGCAGUGGAGACGCUACUGUGGGUAGUACAGGCGCUUAUCGACUUCCAAGGGUACAUCCCAACUCCAGAGUAAAUCCUUCCACGCGGCGUCCACCACCGUCCUACUACAUUUAA